AGGAACGCUUUCCGUUACCUUGGAGAGCCGAAGUGGGCUUGAGAUCCCGAGUGGGGGGAGGACAGGGGUAACUUCUCCUGCGUGUCUGGCCGGCCCGGUUCGGCCCGAGCUUGGUAGACACAGCCCUUGCCGGAAACAAUUAAAAGUUGUACAGAAUUUCAGGAUGACUGACACUUCUAAAGCUGUUCCCAAUUUUGAAGAGAUGUUUGCAAGCAGAUUCACAGAAGCUGACAAAGAGUACCAGGAAUACUUGAAACACCCUCCUGAGUCCCCUCCAAUUAUUGAGGAAUGGAAUAGCAGAGCUGGCGGGAACCAAAGGAAUAGAGGCAAUCGGUUGCAAGAUAACAGACAGUUCAGAGGUAGGGAUAGUAGACGGGGAUGGCCAAGUGACAAUCGAUCAAAUCAGUGGCACGGACGACCCUGGGGUGACAAUUACCCGCAGCGCAGACGAGAGCCUUACCCUCCACAGCAAUAUGGACAGUAUGGCUAUGGCCAGCCUCCCUACGGCUUCUACUGAUGGAGGUGUCAGCAGCCUUUAGCAGAGCCGCUCACCCGUUAAUAUGAAAGAUAUGUGUGUCUUUUGUUGGUUGUCAUUUUCCAUCCUUUUCUAGAGACUGGAUUAUUAAUUUUUUGGAACUCGAGACUUUAAAAAAACAUUAGACAGGUAUGGUGGUUGCUGGGAAUAAAUAUUACCCUCCCCAAAGAAAAGUGGGUAAUACUCUUGAUUUCAAACUUAGAUUCUUUUGUUUCAUGGUUUAGUACUGCUUUAAGUUUGUAUAUUUUCCUUGUUUGACCUUCAGGAGUUCUGUCUUUAACACAGAAAUAAAGACUUUAAAAUUGAAAAUGCUUGUUUUUACUUUGUAAGAGAAAGUAAUAACCAUGUAUAUAGAUGGACUUGUUUCUAAAGUUCUGUAGAGGUUAAUACAGCCAGUUUGUGAAUGCACAGCUAUGCUUACUUAAAUAGUGUAUGCUAGGUAAAACAGUCAUAUUUCUUGAGGCUUUCGUUAUGUGACGCUAGUUUUUGAUUACUUGCUCUAUAGGCGGGAGUGAGCACCUCAAUUAAUUUGGACACUCUUUAGAGGGAAGUCCAGAAUAAAGCUGUGAGCCAAGCACUAGUGGCUCAUGUCUGUCAUCCUAGCUACUCAGACAUCAAGAGAAUCGUGGUUUGAAACCAGUCUUGGGCAAAUCUUGAAAAA